CAGAACUCUUACCUUUUCCGGCUAUACCUUUUCUUCUCUCUUUUGGAAGUUCUGCAAAUUAAUGGCGAUUUUGUAAAGCUGAAUAAAAGUAAAAAAAUGGCAGCUUGAUCGUGGCUGCUGAUCUUCACCAUGUGCUUGGCACGCGGGUGUAUUAUGAUGGGUAUUGAUUCUCGUCACUGUUGAAAAACAGUUUUUGAUUUGAAGAAACUGAAAAGAGUACAAGGAAUCCGACUGUUCUUUUUCUGCCAUGGAGGCUACAGAGAUUUAGAGGUAAAUCCAUGGCUUUUUUCUCUCUCGUUGUUGUUGGUUUACCAGUUGCUUCGAGUUAUGCUGAGGAUAGGCCAGAGCAGUGACCAGCAGCAACAAGCAAGCUUUAAUGCUGAUCAUGGCUCUCAAUCAUCAUCUUCUCCAAAGGAUCUCACUUCUUCGACCCCGUCUUUCUUAUGGUCUCCGAGAUUCAAAGCUUUCAUAGCAAAAAAUCUCACCGAACCCGAAGCUCUCAAGAGUCCAACUUCAAUCCUCGAUAAAAAACCAUCCUUCCCUCUAUGUAAUAACCCCUUGGGCUACGAGCCAAAAUCCCCAGAAAUUUUCUCGUCGAACAAGCACCGCUCACCUGAAAUCCCAGAACCGAAAGGUAUUGCUCUUGCCAUAGUCGAUGCACUAAAAGAUAAACCAAAACUCAGGGUUCAGAUUCCUCUAAUCCCACCAUCUCCAUACAGCAACACUUCCUCCCCAAAAUCCCCAGGUGACUUCGGGAUCAAAACCAGGAAUUCUCACAUUCCCUCGUCACCAUUUUGCAUGAAGGAUUCACCAAGGAUCAUCAAUGGCCGCCUCCCUGUCGAAGAAAUGGAGCUAUCAGAGGAUUACACAUGCGUUAUAUCACACGGGCCAAACCCCAAAACAACCCAUAUCUUCGAUGACUGUGUCGUGGCGUCCGGUUGCAGUGCAUCCCAGAGUUUCCUCAGCUUCUGUCAUACAUGCAAGAAGAAUCUUCACCAGAAAAUCGACAUUUACAUUUACAGAGGCGAUAAAGCAUUUUGCAGUCAAGAAUGCCAAUACCAGGAAAUGGUUCUUGAUGGAGAGGAGAAUUAAGAACAUUCCAUUGCUGCAUGGUUAAAUUAUUUUCAAGUUUCAAAUGAUUGAAUUCAUAAACCAAACAUUGAAACCCAGUUCUUGUUUUUCUUCUUCUUCUUUUUCUUUACUUUAAUUUUGGUUUAACCCUCUCAGCCUGCAGAUAGAGAUAAGAGAGGAGAUGAUGUAGAAAUAUUAUAAAUUAAUUUUUGUCAGAUCAAAGUAUUGUAUAUGAUUUGGAUUUGUCAAUUGGUGAUGAUGCAUUGAUUGGAAAACUGGCCUUUAUCC